AUGUCCACUCUGACCACAGAGCGGCGCACCACAACCACGAGCGCUACCUUCCUCGGCCCGACACACCCUCGGACAUGGCUCGACAUGAUCGAGGAGAGCCCGAACCGUCGCAAAAUCGAAGUCGGACUGAUCAGCAGCAUCUGCCUGGUGCUUCUCAUCGUCUUGUCCCUCACGCUGUUCGUGGUGCUCACGUUGCAGACGAAUCCCGUGAACAAAGCACCGCUGAACCUGCAGAACGCGGUGUUCUGCGAGAACGCCACGUGCUUCGAACAAGCGCGUCGCGUCAUGGGCUACGUGGAGUGGAGCCGCGAGCCGUGCGACGACUUCUACACGUACGCGUGCAAGGGAUACCACGUGAGCGUGGCAAACUCGGCCUCCAAGUACCCCAUCACGCAGGGCGCCCAGGAGCAGCUCAGGGCCGCUGUCGAGGAGGUGCUCGCCAACUGGCACGCCAACAUGAAGCCCACGGACAACUUCUACCUGCGUUACGGAGUGAACCUGUUCCAGGAGUGCAUGCAAGGAGUGACGGACGCCAAAGAGCAAUUGCAGAACGUGUUCGCCGACAUGACGUACAACCACAAGCCGUUCUUCCUGCCCAAGAGCUUCGACCUGGAGCCGCACACGCUGGCGUCGCGCGUGGGCCGCAACUUCUGGUUCUUCCCGCUCAUCACGGUGCGCAAGGACGUCGACCUCGAGAACCGCCAGCGCAUGAUCGUGCACCUGGACGAGCAACUGACGGCGCCGCGCGCGCUAUUUGACGACGCCGACUUCCAGCGAGAGUACAUGCAGGCGAUCCGCGACUUGGCCAUCACCCUGGGCUUCGACAAUGUGAACGAGACGGGUCGCAUCUUCAAGCUGGAGCAGAUGCUGUCCAAGGGCACGACCAGCCCUCGGGCACGGGCGCCUUACUACAAGAAGGUCAAGCUCGGCUCGCUGUUCCUCGACAAGUGGAAUAUCUACAUGUACCUGAGCAACGUGCUUGGAGAGAACAUGUCGCCCGAGGACGAAGUUGCGCUACGCUCAGAGAAGUACUUUUCGCGCUUCCUCAAGUCUCUCAAGACAACCGAAUGGGGCACGGUGAACAACUUCAUCGUGUUCCGGCUGGUGCAGUUCUUGAGCCCGCUGCUGAUGCCCAAGGAGUCGAAGAUCCUCCAGUUCAUGUACAAGUACGGCCACGCCCUGCGGCCGCCUCCCUCGAAACGAACCCGAUGCCUGGACAUCAUGGAGCCCUACUUCAAGCCACUCCUGCUGACGGCCGCCAAGAUCACCUUCAAAGACACCGAGACGAAGCGGGCCGAGGCGAGCCGCGCUAUCGCCAACUUGAAGGAUUCGUUCAAGCGCAUGUCCAUCAACUCGUUCUACCCCCACACUGAGCAGAGCACUCUAAACAACAAGCUCCGGCGCAUGCGCAUCUACUACUUCUACCCGUACGAGACCAAGGAGUACCAGUACAUGAAACAGUGGUACCGCUCCUGGAAAAAGCUGCAGUACAAGUACGGCCAGAUCGUCAAAAGCUUCCGGAAUGCGGGCUUCGAGUUCGCCAAGUCCCAAGCUCACAAAACUAUCCAGGACUUCGAGUGGAAGGGCUCCGUCUUCCAGCAGGACCCGUUCUACGACGCCGACAACAACGCUCUGUACAUUCCUGCCAGCUUGUUCGAGCCACCGCUGUAUUAUGGAGACUCAUUCCUGCCAUUUUCGAUCCCCAUGUACGGCUGGCGAAUCGGCGUGAAGAUGUUCCAGGCCAUCGACUACCGAGGUCGCACCAUCACGGACAGCGCCCAGUACCGCAACUGGUGGGGCGAGACGCUGAUGGCGCGCUACAACGAGGUGGAGAAGUGCUUCCGCGGCGCGCACGGCUCGCUCAAGCUGGCCGACGAGUCCGAGCUGUACGACCACAUCGCCGACAGCGCGGUGGUCAUCGUGCUCUUCCGGGAGUACAAGCGCGUCGUCCAGUCGCGCGUCGGACCCGACAAGGACAUCCGGCUGCGGGACAUCAAGCACUUCUCCGGCGACAACAUCUUCUUCCUCUCGUUGGCACACGGCGUUUGCACUCGUAUUUUCAACGACGCAGCGCAGGUACAGAAGAAAGGCGGAAAGCGCAUAGCGCAAGAGAGGCUGAACAUGGCGCUGACGCACUGGCCCAAGUUCAAGAGCCUCUACGAGUGUCCAUCCAGUGCUCACAUGGUUCCCCAGAGAAGAUGCAUGUUCUGGUAGACGGCUGGGACGAGAACAGCGACAAAAUACAGCCUGUUAUCUUUUU